AUGGUCCAGUCCACGUUCAUUUCUACUGUCGCGGCUCUCAUGCUGGCGGCUUUGCCCCUGGUCGCGGCCGCUGAGCCAUUGCAGAAGCCCGGGCGGGCUGCGGUACUGGGCGGCUUCACGUCGCAGGGCUGCUUCGGCACCGGCCAGGGCCUCAAGAAGCAGAAGAUUGUCAACGGCACGGAGAACUCCUCAGCUUCGUGCGGCGCCCUGUGCCUGGAGCAAACAAAACUUGUCUUUGCCAUGACCGGCGACGCCUGUUAUUGUGGUGACAAAUACCCACCCAAGGUGGACAUCGUUGAUGACAGCAAAUGCACAUACAAAUGCAAGGGCAACAAGAAGGAGGCCUGCGGCUCCAAGUCAGACAAGAGGUACUCUGUCUGGAAUUCGGGUGUCAAGGUCGAUGUCGAUUACGCAAAGAAGAAGACAUCCACCAGCACGAAGACAGGCACGAAAUCGGCCACGAAAACACCCACUUCUACCAAGUCUUCCAAGUCUACCAAAACUUCAAAGUCGACGAAGAAGACUCCCAGUACGACAACCACAGCUCAGAGUGAGACGACCACGAGCGACACCGUCGUGUCUACCAGCUCCAGUGGGAAUGUUCCCUCAGGUACCAGCGCUGCGGCACAGACCUCGAAUACUUCUGGUGCCGUCUCAAGACCCAUGAUUGGCGCUGGGGCUGCUGUGCUGGCUGCUGCACUUGCUAUCUAA